CGUAGUUUUCGCGCAGCAGCCUCCGUGUUUUACUCGUGGAGUAAAGGUACCUAUCCUCACAGAGUCUGCCACUGGGUGUGAAGCUUCACAGGUCUGGUUGUUGUGUUUGAGCGGAUUAAAAAAAUCCUUAUUAUCCACAUCCGCAUCCCCACAACCACCAUCAUCAAACCAGCGGGGGCAGGGAGCAGAAGAAGAAGAUGGGGUGCUGCUCGGCGCGAUGCAUGUUGAUCCUCCUGUGUUGUUUGCAGCUGAUUACAGCGCUGGAGAGGCAGGUGUUUGACUUUCUGGGGUACCAGUGGGCUCCCAUCAUGAUCAACUUUUUUCACAUCAUCAUGGUUAUCCUCGGCCUGUUUGGUGCAGUCCAGUACAGAUCACGCUACGUUAUAAUGUACCUGCUGUGGACGUUGUUGUGGGUUGGCUGGAAUGUCUUUGUGAGCUGUCUCUACCUGGAUUUGGGAGGGCUUUCAAAGGAUGGUGAUAUUCUGUCCUUCGGUGUAUCCUCACAUCAUUCCUGGUGGAAGGAGAAUGGGCCGGGAUGUGAAAGCGAGAGACUUCCCUCUGCUGGAUGGAAGAACCAGCAAAAUCCAGAGCUUACCACAGUGCUGAGCUGCUGGCUGGAAUACCAGUACAUAGAAAUCCUGCACUGCAUCAUCCAGCUCCUCGUAUCACUCCCGGGAUUUGUUUACGCCUGCUAUGUGGCCAGCACAUUUUUAGAAGAGGAUGACAGCUUUAACUUCAUUGGUGAGUUUCACCAUCCAUCCAAACCCUCUAAGUUGCUUUUCUAGUGUUACAAUCCAUUGAUUAUAAAUAAAAAAAGUGAAAAGCUGAGAAGGAACUAAGGAGAAGAUCAAACAACUCUGCAGAGUCUGAUAGUGCGUCAUCUCUGGCAUGGUCAAUAACACUCACACAGAGAUGCCUAAUCUCACUGUGUACGUUUCUCACACUGUGGCCUGAUUCAAAAGAGGAGUCUCCAGUCUAUUGCAUGUUGAUAUUUUCUAGUUUUAUCCAGUAGUAACGCUACCUCUCAGCAUGUAUGUGAAAGACUGUUUGUAGGUCCGGCUGUCUGACAGAAUACUGUGGUUCUAAAUUUGUACAUAUGCAGCUGGUGUUCUUUCUGAUGUUUCAUAAAAUGUACAAAUUAUUAUUAUGUGUAAUUUCAAUUAGAAGAAUGGAGGACCCCAACGUGUAUAAUGUGUGUCAUCAGUCAGUGAAAUAAACUGUGUCCACAAUUUGCCUUAUAGUGGAUUACUGCUAAUGUUCAUCUAAUGUUUAUUCAUUCAUAUACAGUUUUACCUCCAUUAGUGAAAUGUAAGUACAUUUACUCAAGUACUGUACAUUACUUAAGAUUACAUUUCUUUGUGUGCAAUUUUGUCUCGUGUACAGUUUAGAUUAAAAAAAAUGUUGCACUUGUUACACUGACAGCUUUAAAUGCUAGCUACAUUUAAAAUUAAUUAUGUGAACUUAUAAAAUAUAUUUCAUUUAUCACCAAACUACCAAACAGUAAUAAAAGAAAGAGUAAAAAAUAAAGUAAUAUAGCAAUGUUGUCAUUUACUUUAGAUGAUUUUGUACCACUACUGCACAAAAAAGCAUUAUGAAUGUAAGUGACUGUAAUUUGAUUAUUCAUCCCAUAUUUUGUAAAUUAUUAUUAUUAAACAUAGUGUUAUAGUAUAGUGUUCUUGGACCAUUUUCAGUUGAUUUUUUUUUUAUUUAUUUGUUGUUUGCUUUCAAAUAUUUUUUCCCCUUAAGAGAUUUCUUUUGUCAUACUGGAUUGUAUUUUAUUGAGCUACAGUUUAUACUGUUCCACUUAUUUAGGUUAUUUUGAUAUAUUUCGUGUUUAAAGAUAAGAUAUACUGAUUUAUUUAUCCCCAAAAUUUGGACCUACAGAAACAUUUUUGUCAUGCAUAUUUCAGGAUUCCGUAGCAUUAUUUCAAAUGGUUCGACUUAACUAAAAACGUCCGAGAAAAAUCCAAAUAACCUCUGAGAAAAAUUUUAAUUUAAAUUAACUUAAUUUUUGACCUAUGAUUAGUAAGUUUUAAAAAAAAAUCGGUGGCAGAAAAAAAACUUCCAUU